AAUUGGAAACUAUUGAUUGUGUAUUUUUGUGCGAAAAUCGUGCAAAAGCAUGGGAGAUUCACUGGAGAACGCCGAUACGUCGGUGGAUCCGGUGGUGAAUGUAUCCAUCGUCAACUACGACUCUUUUGCUAAUUAUAUUCGCAAGGCAGUGACCAUUCUACUGCCCGAGGAGGAUGUUGUCCCACCUUCCUUAAACAGGGCGCUGGACGAUCCUAUAAACCAGGAGACAGUGAAGAAGUUUCUGUCUGACCCGCAGGUGCAGGCUCUCUAUAUCCAACGCAACUGCAUUAAAGAAGAUGACAGCGAGCAACCAGCUGAGGGCGAGGAGGAAAAGGAGCAGGUGACCUACCAAAUCAGCAAUGAUGUCCAUUUCACUAACAGCCGCAUGGCGUCGCUGGCCUGCAUCAAACGCGGCGCUGUCGUUGAGGCAGACAAAUCCAUACAUUCGCAGUUGCGGUUGAUUAACUUCUCGGACGGUUCGCCAUAUGAGACGUUGCAUGCAUUCAUUAGCAAGUCGUUGGCGCCGUACUUCAAAUCGUACGUCAAGGAGUCAGGUCGCGCUGAUCGCGAUGGCGACAAGAUGGCACCAUCGGUUGAGAAGAAACUGGCGGAGCUGGAAAUGGGUCUUUUGCAUUUGCAGCAGAACAUCGAUAUACCCGAGAUUACACUGACAGCUCAUCAGACUGUCAACACUGUCAUACGGACAUGCAAUGCAGAAGGCCGCAAAGCUAAAGUAGCUGAUUUCGGUGACAAAGUGCAAGACUCUUCAUUCCUAAAUCAGCUUCAAAAUGGCGUAAAUCGUUGGAUUACCGAAAUCAAGAAGGUAACCAAAUUGAAUCGUGACCCCGGAUCGGGCACAGCCUUGCAGGAAAUAUCUUUCUGGCUCAACUUAGAGCGUGCUCUUUAUCGCAUUCAAGAAAAACGCGAGUCGCCAGAGGUAGCCCUUACCUUGGACAUACUAAAGCAUGGAAAACGCUUCCAUGCCACUGUUUCCUUCGAUACGGAUACUGGCCUCAAGCAGGCGCUGGCCACAGUGGCCGACUACAAUCCGCUUAUGAAGGACUUCCCCAUCAAUGAUUUACUUUCAGCCACAGAACUGGAGAAAAUUCGGCCAGCAGUUCAGCAGAUUUUUUCGCAUUUGCGUAAGGUGCGCAAUACAAAGUAUCCCAUUCAGCGCUGCCUGAAGCUCAUUGAAGCCAUCUCUAGGGACUUGUCCCAGCAGCUGCUGAAGGUGUUGGGCACACGACGCCUCAUGCACAUUCCUUUCGAUGAAUUCGAACGCGUGAUGAGCCAGUGCUUUGAGAUCUUUAGCUGCUGGGAUGAUGAAUAUGACAAGUUGCAAGGCUUAUUGCGAGACAUUGUCAAAAAGAAGCGUGAUGAGCAUCUGAAGAUGGUCUGGCGUGUGUCACCCGCGCACAAAAAGCUGCAGACGCGCAUGGAGCAUAUGAGAAAGUUUAGACGUCAGCACGAGCAGUUGCGGACUGUCAUCUUGCGUGUGCUGCGGCCCACCAAGCAAGCGGUCACUGUCGACGGCAGUGUCGUGGAAACAAAGCAACCGUACAGCUUGGAUGCUGCUGAUGCUAAUGCCAUCGAGGAGGUCAAUUUGGCGUAUGAGAAUGUCAAGGAGGUCGACUGUCUUGACAUAACAAAGGAGGGGUCCGAGGCUUGGGAAGCUGCUGUCAAGCGAUAUGAAGAAAAAAUUGAUCGUGUCGAGACUCGAAUCACUGCACAUUUGCGUGACCAACUCGGCACGGCAAAGAACGCUAACGAGAUGUUCCGCAUCUUCUCGCGAUUCAAUGCGUUGUUUGUACGUCCACAUAUUCGUGGGGCCAUACGCGAGUACCAAACACAAUUGAUUCAGCGCGUCAAGGACGAUAUUGAGGCGCUGCACGAAAAGUUCAAGGUGCAGUAUCCGCAGAGCAAAAGCUGCCGCUUGUCCUCAGUGCGUGAUUUGCCGCCAGUAGCGGGUUCCAUUAUAUGGGCACGACAAAUCGACAAUCAACUUACGAUGUAUCUGAAGCGUGUUGAGGAUGUGCUGGGCAAAGGCUGGGAGACACACAUUGAGGGCCAAAAACUGAAGGCCGAUGGCGAUAGCUUUCGGGCUAAGCUCUCCAUAUCAGACGUGUUCCAUGAGUGGGCACGAAAGGUGCAGGAGCGCAACUUUGGCAGCACUGGGCGAAUUUUCACCAUUGAAUCGACACGGUCGCGCAUCGGGCGCGGCAAUGUGCUACGUUUGAGGGUUAACUUUUUGCCUGAGAUCAUUACGCUAGCCAAGGAAGUUCGAAACAUCAAGAACUUGGGCUUCAGAGUUCCUCUGACUAUUGUGAACAAGGCCCAUCAGGCCAAUCAGAUCUAUCCUUAUGCUAUUUCAUUAAUUGAAAGCGUUCGCACCUACGAACGCACAUUGGAAAAGCUUAAUAAUAGGAGUCUAGCACAAAAUUCAGUAUUCAAGAUCGAAGAUCGUGCCAGCAUUGUGCCUCUGGUUGCAGGAUUACGCAAGGAGGUCUUGAACUUAGUCUCGGAGGGUAUUGGCUUGAUCUGGGAAUCAUAUAAACUCGAUCCCUAUGUCUUGCGCUUGUCGGAGUGCGUUACUCAGUUCCAAGAAAAGGUUGAUGACUUACUGGUCGUCGAGGAGCAGCUGGAUGUCGACGUACGUUCACUGGAAACCUGUCCCUAUAGCGCUGCUACUUUUGUGGAAAUCCUGUCAAAAAUACAGCACGCUGUUGAUGAUUUGUCUCUGCGUCAAUACUCCAACUUAAGCGUUUGGGUCUCACGUCUUGAUGAAGAAGUUGAAAAGAAACUGGCUUUGCGACUGCAGGCCGGCAUUCAGGCUUGGACUGAGGCCCUUACCGGCAAUAAGAAGGAAGUGGACACCUCAAUGGACACGGACGCGCCAGCUCAGCCAACUCACAAGCUUGGGGGAGAACCUCAAAUACAGAACGCCGUACACGAGAUACGCAUUACCAACCAGCAAAUGUAUCUGUAUCCCUCAAUCGAAGAGGCACGUUUUCAAAUAAUGCAGCAAUUCUUUGCCUGGCAGGCAAUUGUCACCUCGCAAGUGCGUCUGCAGAGCACACGUUAUCAAGUAGGCCUGGAAAAGCCAGUUUCGCAAACGUAUCGCAAUUUGUUGACGAAGCUACCAGAGGGCAAAAUUUUGGAGAAUGCUUACGGCGCCAUCGAGCAUAAAGUUAGCGAAGUGCGCAACUAUGUGGAUGAAUGGCUGCGCUACCAAAGUCUGUGGGACUUGCAGGCAGAUACGCUAUACGGUCGUCUUGGCGAAGAUGUAAAUUUGUGGAUAAAAUGUCUUAACGAUAUCAAACAAUCACGCACAACUUUCGACACCUCGGACACUCGUCGCGCCUUUGGCCCUCUUAUAAUUGACUAUGCCAAGGUGCAAGCCAAGGUCACAUUGAAGUAUGAUUCAUGGCACAAGGAAGCGCUUGGAAAGUUUGGCACUUUGCUAGGAACCGAGAUGACCACAUUCCAUUCAAAAGUUUCUAAAUCGCGCACUGAUCUGGAAAUGCAAAGCAUUGAGGCCGCCAGCACUUCGGAUGCUGUCAGCUUCAUUACUUAUGUGCAGUCGCUGAAGAAGGACAUGAUUGCCUGGGACAAGCAAGUUGAGGUGUUCCGUGAGGCGCAGCGAAUCUUGGAGCGACAGCGCUUCCAAUUCCCCAACAAUUGGCUACAUGUCGACAAUAUCGAAGGUGAAUGGUCUGCCUUCAAUGAGAUCAUUAAGCGUAAGGACACCGCUAUACAAACCCAAGUUGCCAGCUUGCAGGCCAAGAUCGUGGCAGAGGACAAAGCCGUUGAGACUCGCACUGUCGACUUCCUAAAUGAUUGGGAGAAAACCAAACCAACUGGUGGCAAGAUUCGUCCUGAUGAUGCAUUGCAACAAUUGCAGAUUUUCGAAAGCAAAUAUUCACGUCUUAAAGAAGAACGCGAUAAUGUAGCAAAGGCAAAGGAAGCGCUCGAGCUGCAGGAGUCGGCGGUGCCCAACAACAGUGCAGAGCGCAUGAAUGUGGCUCUAGAGGAACUGCAGGAUCUUCGUGGCGUUUGGAGCGAAUUGUCCAAGGUGUGGACUCAGAUCGAUGAGACGCGUGAGAAGCCUUGGUUGUCGGUGCAGCCGCGUAAAUUACGUCAGCAGCUGGAAGCUAUGAUGGCACAACUAAAGGAGUUGCCGGCCCGUCUGCGAAUGUACGAAUCCUACGAGUAUGUUAAGAAGCUCAUUCAAAGCUACAUUAAGGUUAACAUGCUAAUUGUUGAGUUGAAAUCGGACGCGCUGAAGGAACGCCAUUGGAAACAGUUGACCAAGCAGCUGCGAGUAAAUUGGGUUAUAUCCGAUUUAACUUUGGGCCAGGUUUGGGAUGUUAAUUUGCAAAAGAACGAGGGCAUUGUCAAGGAUAUUAUACUGGUGGCUCAAGGUGAGAUGGCUCUGGAAGAGUUCCUUAAGCAGGUUCGAGAGUCCUGGCAAAAUUACGAGCUGGACUUAAUCAACUACCAGAACAAAUGCCGCAUUAUUCGUGGCUGGGACGAUCUAUUUAAUAAAGUAAAGGAACAUAUCAACUCAGUGGCCGCCAUGAAACUGUCGCCAUACUACAAGGUAUUUGAGGAAGAGGCCCUAACUUGGGAGGAGAAGCUCAACCGUAUUAACGCCCUUUUCGAUGUUUGGAUUGAUGUGCAACGUCGUUGGGUAUAUCUUGAAGGAAUCUUCUCGGGAAGUGCCGAUAUUAAAACAUUGUUGCCCGUGGAGACUUCGCGUUUUCAGAGCAUUAGCUCAGAAUUUUUAGGCCUAAUGAAGAAAGUAACGAAAUCCCCCAAGGUCAUGGAUGUCUUGAACAUUCCAGCAGUACAGAGGUCAUUGGAACGUCUUGCCGAUUUGCUGGGCAAAAUUCAAAAGGCUCUUGGCGAAUAUUUAGAACGUGAACGUACGUCUUUCCCGCGCUUCUACUUCGUGGGUGAUGAGGAUCUGCUGGAGAUUAUUGGUAACAGCAAAAAUAUUGCGCGCUUGCAAAAACAUUUCAAGAAAAUGUUCGCCGGUGUGGCGGCCAUUCUGCUGAAUGAGGAGAACAAUGUCAUUCUGGGAAUAUCGUCACGUGAAGGCGAAGAGGUGCACUUUAUAAAUCCCGUAUCUACUGUGGACCAUCCCAAGAUAAAUGAAUGGCUUUCGCUCGUGGAGAAGCAAAUGCGUUUUACACUUGCCUCCCUGUUGGCCCAAGCAGUGCAGGAUAUUAAACAGUUUCGCGAUGGCAAAAUUGAUCCGCAAAAGUACAUGGAAUGGUGUGAUAAAUACCAGGCUCAAAUUGUGGUGCUUGCUGCUCAAAUUUUAUGGUCCGAAGAUGUUGAGGCGGCUUUACAACAGGCUUCAGAAAGUAAUAACUCCAAACCCAUGCAACGGGUUUUGGGCAAUGUAGAGAGCACACUUAAUGUUCUGGCUGAUUCCGUACUUCAGGAGCAGCCGCCACUGCGCCGCCGCAAGCUGGAACAUUUGAUUAAUGAAUUUGUGCACAAGCGGACUGUUACACGUCGUUUAAUCACCAACGGCGUCACUUCGCCAAAAUCUUUCUUGUGGCUGUGCGAGAUGCGGUUCUACUUCGAUCCCCGCCAGACGGAGGUGCUGCAGCAACUGACGAUUCACAUGGCUAAUGCACGUUUCUUCUACGGCUUUGAAUAUCUGGGUGUACAGGACCGUCUUGUGCAAACACCCCUGACCGAUCGUUGCUAUCUGACCAUGACACAGGCCCUGGAAUCACGUUUGGGCGGAUCGCCUUUCGGACCCGCUGGUACCGGCAAAACAGAGUCGGUGAAGGCUCUAGGUAAUCAGCUGGGUCGCUUCGUUCUGGUCUUCAAUUGCGACGAAACCUUCGACUUCCAGGCCAUGGGCCGCAUCUUUGUGGGCCUGUGCCAAGUGGGCGCUUGGGGCUGCUUCGAUGAGUUCAAUCGCUUAGAGGAGCGUAUGCUGUCCGCUUGUUCGCAACAAAUUCAGACCAUACAAGAGGCGCUCAAGUACGAAAUGGAUAGCAACAAAGAAAGCAUUACUGUUGAGCUUGUUGGCAAGCAAGUACGCGUUUCGCCUGAUAUGGCAAUUUUCAUAACUAUGAAUCCGGGAUAUGCUGGUCGCUCCAAUUUGCCCGACAAUUUGAAGAAGCUUUUCCGCUCACUGGCCAUGACAACACCAGAUCGUCAGUUGAUUGCAGAAGUAAUGCUUUUCUCACAGGGCUUUCGCUCUGCCGAAAAACUUGCCUGCAAAAUUGUGCCGUUCUUCAAGCUGUGCGAUGAACAGCUCUCCAAUCAAAGCCACUACGACUUCGGCUUGCGUGCUCUGAAAUCUGUGCUCAUCUCAGCUGGAAACGUAAAACGUGAUCGCAUUAUGAAGAUUAAGGAACAGAUGCGUCAGCGUGGUGAAGAAAACAUCGAUGAGGCUUCGGUGGCAGAGAAUUUGCCUGAACAGGAAAUUCUUAUUCAGUCGGUGUGCGAGACAAUGGUGCCCAAGUUGGUAGCUGAGGAUAUUCCUCUGUUGUUCUCACUGCUAAGCGAUGUGUUCCCGAAUGUGGGUUACACACGCGCCGAAAUGAAAGGCCUCAAGGAGGAGAUACGCAAGGUGUGCCAGGAGGACUAUCUGGUGUGCGGGGAAGGUGAUGAGCAGGGCGCUGCUUGGAUGGAAAAGGGACUCGGAUCUACUUGGGUCGACAAAGUGCUUCAACUAUACCAAAUUUCCAAUCUCAAUCAUGGUCUCAUGAUGGUGGGACCCUCCGGUUCGGGAAAAUCCACCGCAUGGCGUACUCUGCUCAAGGCAUUAGAACGCUUCGAAGGCGUCGAAGGUGUCGCUCAUGUAAUUGAUCCAAAGGCCAUCUCCAAAGAGGCUCUAUAUGGUGUGCUGGAUCCAAAUACUCGCGAAUGGACUGACGGUCUUUUCACCCAUAUUUUGCGCAAGAUCAUUGACAACGUGCGUGGUGAAAUCAACAAGCGGCAAUGGAUUAUAUUCGAUGGCGACGUGGAUCCUGAGUGGGUGGAGAAUUUGAAUUCAGUGCUUGAUGACAACAAAUUGCUGACCUUGCCAAAUGGCGAGCGUCUCUCGUUGCCGCCCAACGUACGUGUUAUGUUCGAAGUGCAAGAUCUUAAGUUUGCCACUUUGGCAACGGUAUCUCGUUGCGGAAUGGUCUGGUUCUCUGAGGAUGUUCUCUCCACCGAGAUGAUCUUUGAGAAUUACUUGUCACGUUUGCGCAGCAUUCCCUUGGAGGAUGGUGACGAUGACUUUGUGGGGGUUGUGAAACCAGCCAAGGAUAAAGAAGAGGAGGUUUCGCCAUCGUUGCAGGUGCAGCGCGAUAUUGCGCUGCUUUUGCAGCCAUUCUUCUCGGCCGAUGGCAUUGUAGUGCGAACUCUCGAGUAUGCCAUGGAUCAAGAGCACAUCAUGGACUUUACGCGCCUGCGGGCACUCAGUUCGCUCUUCUCAAUGUUGAACCAGGCAGCCCGAAAUGUUCUAAACUUUAAUGCGCAACAUCCGGACUUCCCCUGCUCGGCUGAUCAGCUCGAGCACUAUAUACCUAAGGCUUUGGUUUAUUGCGUGCUCUGGUCAUUUGCUGGGGACGCUAAGCUCAAGGUGCGUACUGAUCUGGGCGACUUUGUGCGCAGUGUGACGACCAUUCCGCUGCCAGGAGCCGCUGGCGCUCCCAUUAUCGACUACGAGGUGAGCAUGAAUGGAGAAUGGGUGCCGUGGUCAAACAAAGUGCCCGUUAUUGAGGUGGAAACGCAUAAGGUGGCGUCGCCUGAUAUUGUAGUGCCUACGUUGGACACAGUACGUCAUGAAUCGCUGCUCUACACAUGGCUAGCUGAGCACAAGCCAUUAGUGCUGUGCGGCCCACCAGGCUCUGGUAAGACAAUGACACUAUUUUCCGCUUUGCGUGCCCUGCCUGAUAUGGAGGUUGUGGGCUUGAACUUCUCUUCUGCAACCACUCCCGAGCUGUUGUUGAAAACAUUCGAUCAUUAUUGUGAGUACCGCAAGACCCCCAAUGGUGUUGUGCUGUCACCUGUGCAGAUUGGCAAAUGGCUGGUGUUGUUCUGUGAUGAAAUUAACUUGCCUGAUAUGGACACCUAUGGAACACAGCGUGUUAUAUCGUUCUUGCGUCAGCUCGUUGAGCACAAGGGAUUCUUUAGAGCCAGUGAUCAGGCUUGGGUAUCGCUGGAGCGCAUUCAGUUUGUUGGAGCGUGUAAUCCACCUACGGAUCCUGGCCGCAAACCACUCUCGCAUCGUUUCCUGCGCCAUGUGCCUAUCAUUUAUGUGGACUAUCCUGGAGAGACAUCGCUUAAGCAAAUCUAUGGCACAUUCUCGCGUGCUAUGCUGCGGUUGAUGCCGGCUUUGCGCGGCUAUGCGGAACCGUUGACCAACGCCAUGGUUGAAUUCUACUUAGCAUCACAGGAUCGCUUCACCCAGGAUAUGCAGCCGCAUUACGUUUACUCGCCGCGUGAAAUGACUCGUUGGGUUCGUGGUAUUUGCGAAGCCAUUCGUCCCUUGGAUUCGCUUCCAGUUGAAGGCUUGGUGCGUCUCUGGGCUCAUGAGGCGCUUCGCCUUUUCCAAGAUCGUUUGGUUGAUGACACGGAGCGUCGUUGGACCAACGAGAACAUUGAUUUAGUCGCCCAAAAACACUUCCCAGGCAUUCAUCAGGAGGAGGCCCUUAUGCGGCCAAUUCUCUACAGCAAUUGGCUGUCCAAGGAUUAUAUGCCAGUAAAUCGCGAAGAACUCCGCGACUACGUUCGAGCGCGCCUCAAGGUCUUCUAUGAAGAAGAACUCGAUGUGCCUCUCGUACUUUUCGAUGAAGUGUUGGAUCAUGUGUUGCGCAUUGAUCGAAUCUUCCGUCAACCGCAGGGUCAUCUGCUGCUCAUCGGUGUUUCAGGCGCUGGCAAGACCACACUUUCACGUUUUGUGGCCUGGAUGAAUGGGCUUUCGAUUUUCCAAAUCAAGGUGCACAACAAAUACACAAGCGAGGACUUCGAUGAAGAUUUGCGCUGCGUUUUGCGUCGUUCAGGCUGUAAGGAUGAGAAGAUUGCCUUCAUUCUGGACGAGUCCAAUGUGCUAGACUCGGGCUUUUUAGAGCGCAUGAACACGCUUUUGGCCAACGGCGAAGUACCCGGCCUCUUUGAGGGCGACGAAUACACCACGUUGAUGACACAAUGCAAGGAGGGCGCACAGCGCGAGGGUCUUAUGUUAGACUCUAGUGACGAACUAUACAAGUGGUUUACUCAACAAGUCAUGCGCAAUCUGCACGUGGUCUUCACAAUGAAUCCAUCGACGGAUGGUCUUAAGGAUCGGGCGGCCACAUCGCCAGCAUUGUUCAAUCGUUGUGUGCUCAAUUGGUUCGGCGACUGGUCGGAUUCAGCACUGUUCCAGGUGGGCAAGGAGUUCACCACCCGUGUGGAUCUGGAAAGGCCAAACUGGUCACCACCUGACUUCUUUCCCUCUGUGUGCCCGCUGGUACCUGCUAAUCCCACGCAUCGUGACGCUGUCAUCAAUUCGUGUGUCUACGUUCAUCAGACGCUUCAUCAAGCCAAUGCUCGUCUGGCCAAACGGGGUGGUCGCACUAUGGCUGUGACUCCCCGUCAUUAUCUCGAUUUCAUCCACCACUUUGUCAAGCUGUACAAUGAGAAACGCAGUGAUCUGGAAGAGCAACAGUUGCAUUUGAAUGUAGGCCUCAACAAAAUUGCUGAGACUGUCGAACAGGUCGAGGAGAUGCAAAAGUCGCUGGCCGUGAAGAAGCAGGAGCUGCAGGCUAAGAACGAGGCUGCCAAUGCCAAGCUCAAGCAGAUGUUCCAAGAUCAGCAGGAGGCUGAGAAGAAGAAGAUACAAUCGCAGGAGAUACAAAUUCGAUUGGCGGAUCAGACAGUGAAAAUCGAGGAGAAGCGCAAAUAUGUUAUGGCUGAUCUGGCACAAGUGGAACCGGCUGUUAUUGAAGCACAACAAGCUGUCAAGUCCAUACGCAAGCAACAGCUCGUUGAGGUGCGCACCAUGGCUAAUCCACCAUCGGUGGUCAAAUUGGCUCUCGAAUCGAUCUGCCUGCUGCUGGGCGAGAAUGCAACCGAUUGGAAAUCGAUACGCGCUGUUAUAAUGCGCGAAAAUUUCAUAAAUUCAAUUGUAUCUAACUUCGGUACCGAGCAUAUAACCGAUGAAGUACGCGAGAAAAUGAAGUCCAAGUAUCUCAGCAAUCCAGACUAUAACUUUGAGAAGGUCAAUCGUGCCAGUAUGGCUUGCGGUCCCAUGGUGAAAUGGGCCAUUGCUCAGAUCGAAUACGCCGAUAUGUUAAAGAGAGUGGAGCCUUUGCGCGAGGAGCUACGUUCGUUGGAGGAACAGGCUGAGGUUAAUAAGCAAAGCGCCAAGGAGACAAAAGAUCUUGUGGAGCAACUGGAGCGCAGCAUUGCUGCUUAUAAGGAGGAGUACGCACAGCUAAUCUCACAGGCGCAAGCAAUCAAGACGGAUCUGGAGAAUGUGCAGGCCAAGGUCGAUCGUUCGAUAGCUUUACUCAAGAGCUUGAACAUUGAGCGUGAACGUUGGGAAUCUACCAGCGAAACCUUCAAGUCACAAAUGUCCACCAUUGUGGGAGAUGUUCUGCUAUCGGCGGCAUUUAUAGCUUAUGGCGGCUACUUUGAUCAGCACUAUCGGUUGAAUUUAUUCACCACAUGGUCGCAACAUCUUCAAUCCGCCAGCAUUCAAUACCGCGCCGAUAUUGCACGCACGGAGUAUCUGUCCAACCCGGAUGAGCGAUUGCGCUGGCAGGCUAAUGCUUUGCCGACUGACGAUCUGUGUACGGAGAAUGCAAUUAUGUUGAAACGCUUCAACCGAUAUCCACUUAUCAUCGAUCCGUCUGGACAGGCAACCACUUUCCUGUUGAAUGAAUAUGCGGGCAAGAAGAUUACAAAGACCUCAUUCUUGGACGAUUCGUUCCGUAAGAAUUUGGAAUCGGCAUUGCGUUUCGGCAACCCGCUCUUGGUGCAGGAUGUUGAAAACUACGAUCCCAUAUUAAACCCCGUGUUGAAUCGCGAAUUGCGUCGAACUGGCGGCCGCGUGUUGAUCACGCUCGGCGAUCAGGAUAUCGAUUUGUCGCCCUCGUUCGUUAUUUUCCUAUCCACGCGCGAUCCCACCGUGGAGUUCCCGCCCGACAUUUGUUCUCGCGUCACCUUUGUCAACUUCACAGUAACGCGGAGCUCACUGCAAUCGCAGUGUCUCAACCAAGUACUGAAGGCCGAACGCCCAGAUAUUGACGAGAAGCGCUCUGACCUACUUAAACUGCAAGGCGAGUUCCGUUUGCGCUUGCGCCAGCUGGAGAAGAGUCUUCUGCAGGCUCUGAACGAUGCUAAGGGCAAGAUUUUGGACGAUGAUUCCGUCAUCACAACGCUUGAAACUCUGAAGAAAGAGGCCUACGAUAUUAAUCAAAAGGUAGACGAAACCGAUAAGGUUAUUGCAGAAAUUGAAACCGUCUCGCAACAGUACCUGCCCCUUUCGGUGGCAUGCAGUAAUCUCUAUUUCACCAUGGACAGCCUCAAUCAGGUGCACUUCCUGUAUCAGUACUCGUUGAAAAUGUUUUUGGACAUUUUCUCUACGGUUCUGUACAACAAUGCGCGUCUGGAGGGCAAGAGCGAUCAUGCCGAGCGACUAGGCAUUGUUACCAAGGAUCUGUUCCAAGUGUGCUACGAGCGUGUGGCACGGGGCAUGUUGCACAAUGAUCGCCUGACCUUUGCACUACUCAUGUGUAAGAUUCAUCUGAAGGGCACAUCGGAGUCAAAUCUGGACACCGAGUUUAAUUUCUUCUUACGAAGCCGAGAGGGCCUAUUGGCCAAUCCUACACUGGUCGAUGGUCUGAGUGCCGAGCAGAUAGAGGGCGUCAAUCGCCUGGCCACUCGUUUGCCCAUUUUCCGCAAACUGGUCGAGAAAGUCAGGUCUAUGCCAGAGCUGGGAGCCUGGUUGCAGCAGAGUUCGCCGGAACAAUGCGUUCCACAGUUGUGGGACGAAUCCAAGGCCCUCAGUGCAAUUGCCAGUUCCGUACAUCAGUUACUGUUAAUUCAGGCGUUCCGACCAGAUCGGGUUAUUGCUGCGGCGCACAAUGUUGUGAACACUGUGCUUGGCGUAGACUUCAUGCCGAACGCCGAACAGGAGCUGGACUUUACGGCUGUUGUGGAGAAGCAGUUGAACUGCAACACACCAGCUUUGCUGUGCUCCGUACCCGGUUUCGAUGCUUCCGGUCGUGUGGAUGACUUGGCCGCGGAACAGAAUAAGCAAAUUUCCAGCAUUGCUAUUGGAUCGGCGGAGGGCUUUAAUCAGGCUGAGCGUGUCAUCAACAUGGCAUGUAAGAGCGGUCGCUGGGUGCUCUUGAAGAACGUUCAUUUGGCGCCACAGUGGUUAGUUCAGCUCGAGAAGAAGUUGCACUCGCUGCAGCCGCACUCUGGCUUCCGACUUUUCCUCACAAUGGAGAUCAAUCCGAAAGUUCCAGUGAAUCUCCUACGAGCUGGCCGCAUCUUUGUGUUUGAGCCUCCACCAGGCAUACGCGCUAACCUAUUGCGAACCUUCUCGACGGUGCCAGCGGCACGAAUGAUGAAGACACCAAGCGAACGCGCACGUCUAUAUUUCCUGCUUGCAUGGUUCCAUGCCAUCGUGCAGGAGCGUCUGCGUUAUGUUCCCCUGGGUUGGGCCAAAAAGUACGAGUUCAAUGAAUCCGAUUUGCGUGUCGCCUGCGAUACUCUAGACACAUGGAUCGACACCACUGCUAUGGGCCGUACAAAUUUGCCGCCGGAGAAGGUACCAUGGGAUGCAUUAGUCACCUUGCUGUCCCAGUCGAUUUACGGCGGCAAGAUCGACAAUGAUUUUGAUCAGCGUCUACUCACCUCGUUCUUGAAGAAACUGUUUACGGCACGAAGCUUUGAAGCAGACUUUGCAUUGGUAGCUAAUGUAGAUGGGGCCUCGGGAGGCUUGCGCCACAUUACGAUGCCGGAUGGCACGCGUCGUGAUCACUUUUUGAAGUGGAUCGAAAAUCUAACCGAUCGGCAGACACCAUCCUGGCUGGGAUUGCCCAACAAUGCGGAAAAGGUGCUGCUAACAACACGAGGAACCGACUUGGUCAGCAAGCUACUCAAGAUGCAGCAGCUGGAGGAUGAUGACGAGCUGGCCUACAGCGUAGAGGAUCAUGCCGAAAGCGCAGCCGCGGUCGUACGCAGCGAAGAUGGCCGCCCUUCGUGGAUGAAGACAUUGCACAACUCGGCCACAGCUUGGCUUGAAUUGCUGCCCAAGAAUCUGCAAGUGCUUAAGCGUACAGUUGAGAACAUUAAGGAUCCACUGUAUCGCUACUUUGAACGAGAGGUUCUGGCGGGAGCGAAGCUGUUGCAGACGGUCAUCUCCGACUUACAGGAUGUUGUGCUUAUCUGUCAAGGCGAGAAGAAGCAGACUAAUCAUCACCGUUCCAUGCUCUCGGAACUUGUUCGUGGCAUUAUACCGAAGGGAUGGAAGCGCUACACUGUACCCGCCGGCUGCACUGUCAUCCAAUGGAUCACCGACUUCAGCAACCGUGUUCAGCAGUUACAAAAGGUGUCGCAGUUGGUGUCGCAGGCAGGCGCGAAGGAGCUACAGGGAUUCCCCGUUUGGCUGGGUGGCCUUCUCAACCCCGAGGCAUAUAUCACCGCCACCCGACAGUGUGUGGCCCAGGCCAAUAGCUGGUCUCUGGAAGAACUUGCACUGGAAGUGACCAUUACCGAUGCAGCGCUAAAGACCGAUCAAAAGGACAGCAGUUUUGGGGUAUCUGGUUUGAAAUUGCAGGGCGCUCAGUGCAAGAACAACGAGCUGUUGCUAGCUUCUACAAUUAUGAUGGAUUUGCCGCUGACCAUCUUGAAAUGGGUGAAGAUCUCAACGGAGACACGACUCAGCAAGCUUACAUUGCCAGUAUAUUUGAACUCGACGCGGACCGAGUUACUCUUCACCGUCGACCUGGCUGUUGCCGCUGGACAGGAUUCGCACAGCUUCUACGAACGUGGUGUUGCUGUCUUGACUUCGACCGCUUUGAAUUAAAUGUUUGGCAUAAUUGUCCACUUAUCCUUAUCGUAUGAGCCCCUUAGACUUUUGAAACUUUCCUGCUCCCAUUAUAAAUUUAAAAGUGCUUGGCACAAUAUACUCUACUCUAUAUCCUACAUAUUAAAUCAAUAUAACCUGAAAAUAAAUUCACUUUAAAAUCAAACCACAACAACUUAGCAACCCCA